AUGCUAGAAGAUGGAAGGACAGUUACUGCAGACUGGUGCGCCAGUGAUCCACCAAUACAAGCUCUAGAGGCCCUAGAUGCGGCGAUUCACAUGGCAGCUAGUGCACGACGCGAGUACUACGAAGAUCAAUUGCCUUCGACACUUGCCUACAUUCCAAAGAAAUUGCGUUGGCAGAACGUUUGGCCAGUUCUACAAGCCGAAUUCAAAAUAUCAGACAUGGUACCGUCUGUACUUAAGCCAACCUUUUGGCUGAUCAAUGAGUGUACACCAGAAGAAUUUGCAGACGUGAUCUACCCUACUAUCAGAAAAGUAGUUUAUUCACCAAGGCCGGUACCAAUAACGGUUGUACUUUUGGAGAAUUUGCAUAUUUUAACAAAGAAAUGCACAGAGGAUACGUUAAGCGACUUUUAUCCGAUGAUUUUUUACUCGCUGGAUAGCAAUUUGAACCAACUUCAGAUUGCGGCGUUGAUCGCAUUGCAAAAUGUGUCUGAUGUGAUACCAGACGAUAUCAUGUAUGGAACCGUUGUUAUCAAAGUCAAGAAAUUGUUGGACAAAAAAACAGGAGAUGUAAAAAUUAUUAACCUUGUACUGGGAGUGUUUGAGAAAAUUCUUCCUCGUUUGGACAAUACUAGCAUUCUGAAUUACGUGGUCCCUACAAUACUUAACAUGAGAUUGGGCAACCCAGAUGUGAUCAACCGCAUAGUCAAGCUUUAUAAAGCUAUCAUUACCGAAGAAAAAUACGGAAUAACUUGCGAUGUAAUGGCGACAGAGUUGAUACCUAAACUGGCCCCGCAAUCUGUGAAUGCUAAUUUAAAUGUUGAUCAAUUCAACAAUCUAAUCGAGAUCUUAUAUGACAUGUUGGAAAAAAUUGAGCAAUACCAGCGUCACAAACUUAAGACGGAAGGUGCUUCGGCGUCAGGAAGCAACCGACGUAGGAUUCGACAAAUGAGCACUGAAAAUGUACCGGCUCCACCAUUUCACAUUCCCAAUUUGAGGGUGGAGCAACGCAAGACCUCAAGUGCUGAGAACAUGGUCCGAAGGAGUUCAGCUGCAACUGUUUCACAACCUGGAAGACUUGGUCAGUGGAUCUUUGGCUCGAAUAACUCAACGAACAAUGACGGGAAUUUCUUGCGCGUCACAAAUAUUUUACCCAAUCGUCGUUUAUCUGACAAUACACUUAUGACACCGAAGAUUCACAUUGCGCCAUCAAGUGCCUCCUCCCCUGGAGGUACACCCGCUGGCACUGCGGGACUUCCGAGUCGACGGCACUCAAGCAUCGGACCACAAGAACGUCGUUUAUCUACUGCAAACCUAUCACCGCCAACAGUAAGUGGUCCCAUUGCCAUGACAGAUGUACGCGACAUAUCACAAUGAAGUACCACUAAACAAUUCAUUAAUUAACUUAACAGGAGGAAGAACCUAAUUACCAUGAACCAAUAUAAUUGUCUAUAAAUAUGUAUUGUAUUUUAGCAUGCCCGCCACCCAAGAGGGCGAGGCUCAGGCUCCAGCUUAUCUGUACCAUCGACUUCGAGAGUUGGCGUAAGUUGUGAUUCUCCGAGUAUUUCUUCAGCGCGGUCCUGAGUCUUACUGAAUGUCGAACGGCUUGAUAUAAAUGUGGCCUGAUCGGUUCUUGUUCCCACACAGACUGGGAUCGUCUCAUCAUCAUCACCAUU